AUGGACGACAUGACCUGGGCAAUGGACGCCAGGCUCGACGCCACCCAGCUCUGGUCCCUCGACGGCUACAAGGGCCUCCCACGCGUCGAGCUGGACAUCCCCGUCGUGAGCAUGGACGAACCCGAUGCCAUCUUCUUCGAGGUCUGCGAGAAACAUCAUGAAAAACAUGGCGACGAGACGGCAGCUUCAGCUUCACCGGAGGCGGCGAUCUUGGCUGCGCUUCAAGCGAUACCUGGCUUGGAUCGUGAUGAUUUGCUGAAAGCCUAUCGCAUUCUUGCCCACGACAAUAGUGGCUGCCGGUUCAGAGCUCUUAUGGGUCUGCCAAUGGAUUUCAGGAAGGAUUGUGUGCUGAUGGAGAUCAAGGCCAGUGAAGCUUGUAUUUUGUGCUCUUUAUGCUCGGCAGACUUGCAACUAAAAGAAUGA